AUGCCUCUCGAUGAUACCACACGUACACAGGACUCAAUUGCCAAGCGGCACCGGGUCUCAUCUUCAUCGUUGUUGAGAAACCUAAUAAUUGAUGAUAACAUCCACUCGCCCUUUGUAAACAUUAAUGAACAACUAGCAUCAUCUGCCAAUGCUAACGGUACUGAUCCGCUACAUUCUAGGAGGAGAAACACGAAUAGGAAGGUCAAUUAUGUCUUUAAGAGUCGUCGUCCUACUGCCGUCCGCAAUAGUAGAGAGAAUAUCGAUUCAUCGCCGCGUCUUUUAUUACCUGAUUCCAUCGAUGAGGCAAACCAAUUGAAUCCAUACAUUAAAUUCUCAAAUGGUCUUGAUGAUACAACACCGAUCACACCGUAUGGGAAAUUGACUAUUAAAUAUAACCCACUAAAGUUGUACAAUUUUAAAAAAAUACUACAUAAUUCGUCAUCGGAUGAAAGUAGACUUCAUCACGAUAACGAUACAAGUUUCCCCGUCAACCCCCAAAAGGAUAGAAACAGUAACGAUCAUCUUGCUGAUUCUAUAUUACCAUAUAAUGGCGCAAUUCCAAAACAAAAGGAUUUUUCCACUUUAAACACAACUCCGACGACAAUAGACAGACAAUUCUUUCAUGACUUACUCAUACAAUCAUCAAAUGCAUCACAUUUCAAUGCCAACGUCACUUUAUCUUCAUACAACCAAAAUCUUAUCAAGGGAACGAAAAAGAGACUGACACAGCCACCGCAUGGAUCUUCAUCCAUUGAAUAUAUUUUCAUUAACAAUCAUGAGAUUAAGACAUGGUAUAAUUCACCCUUCCCAUCACCGAUCAAUAAAAAUAAAAUCCUUCACAUUUGCGACCGAUGUCUAAAAUAUUAUAACUCUCGUUACCAGUAUCAUAGACACGAUCUUAAGUGCCCCAUAUAUCUACCACCACCGGGGAAUGAAAUUUAUAGAGACGGUGCCAUAUCAUUCUGGGAAAUUGACGGAAGGGAAAACGUCACAUAUUGUCAAAAUUUAUGUCUAUUAUCCAAGUUAUUCUUAAAUUCAAAGACCUUAUAUUAUGAUGUGGAUCCAUUCAUCUUUUAUGUGCUUACAGAGAGAGGUAAGGAUAAUAAAUAUCAUUUGAUUGGAUAUUUUUCGAAGGAAAAACUAAAUUCUUUGAACUACAAUUUAAGUUGUAUCUUAACUUUACCCAUUUAUCAACGUCGUGGAUUUGGCCAUUUAUUAAUGGAAUUUUCCUAUUUAUUAUCAAUGAGAGAAUUUAAAUCAGGUACACCUGAGAAACCGUUGUCCGAUUUAGGUCUCCUUGCAUAUAGAAAUUUUUGGAAAAUUAAGAUGGCAACGACAUUAGUAUCAUUUAAAGAUAACCUUCAGGGAAAGACCUUGAAAUUAUCAUUGAAUGAUUUGUCAAAUUUAACAGGAAUGAUAACAACGGAUGUUGUCUUUGGGUUGGAACAAUUGCAGGUGCUAUAUAAGUCCACUACUACAUCUUCAUAUAUAAUAAAGAUCGAUUCAUGGUCCAGAAUCGAAGAAAUUGUCACCAAUUGGAGUAAUAAGAAUUAUCAAACUUUAAAUCCUAGCAAGUUAAUUUGGAAACCAAUGAUUUUUGGACCCUCAUUUGGUGUCAAUACCAUUAGCAUUGAUCCUAUAUCAUCCACAACGAGUACUAAUAUGAUUACCAAAUCGGGCACUGAUUUCUUUAAUAAGCAUAUCGAUACUUUGACCAAUUUCAUGACCGACGACAUUUUGGACCCAACAGAUUUAGAAAUAGUCACUAGGGAAGCUAUCCUGCAGAAUUUAAAAAAUAGUGACGAUGUUGAUACGGAGAACAUAAAUGCAGAUGAUUAUGAAAUUUGCUUUGUGGAACCAACUUUGAAUGAAAAAUCUUCAUCAGGAUCAUCGAAGAGACCAACGACAACAAAUUCUACAAACAAAGUAACCGAGACGCAACGAACUACAGCGGAAGAACAAGAAGAAGAGGAAGAGGAGGUCAAUGAUGACUUAGACUUACUAGAACCCAUUGAAGAACCUGACCCGGAAGAUGACGAAGAAUACAGUGAAGAGGGUGAAGAUUCAACUAAUGCAAUAGAUGAAAGUUCAGAUGAUGAUAUUGAUAAUGAAGAUCUACUAAAUUCCAAACUCGAACUUGAAGAUGACGAUGACUAG